GAGACCCCGCGCAUGCGCACGCGCGCCAUGGCCGCCCCGCGCCUCCCGCCGCUGCUGCUGCUGCUGCUGCUGCUGCGGCCCGAGCGCGCGACCCCGACGCCGACCCCGACGCCGGCCCCGACGCAGGGCGACGCAGGCCCCGCGUUCCGGAACCUGCGCGUGGACCCCGCGGCGCGGCUGCUGACGUGGGACGGGCCCGAGGCGCGCGUGCGCUGCCUGCGCGGGGACGGGUUCGCGCAGCCGGAGCCCGCGGACGCGUCCGAGGAUCUGGAGGCCGCGGAGCCCGAGGAGACGGACGCGAACUCCUACACCAUCCGCAACCCCCCGCGCGCCUUCUCCCUGCAGCUGGGCAUGCGCAGAGCGCUGCAGGCCUGGGGCGCCUGGGGCCCCGCCCAGCGCGUCGCGUGCGUCCCCGCGUCGCCCCCCGCCGCGCCGCCGUGGCUGCCGGCCGCGCUGGGCAUGCUGGGAGCCGCGGGCGCCGCGCUGGCGGCGCUGCGCUUCCGCCGGAAGCUCUGCCCGCGCGUGCCUGAACCCCGACCCCUGACCCCUGACCCCGACGUCACCCCGACGCUGGCCCAGGAGGAGGAGUGCCCCGUGACCCCGCUGCGCGAGGAGGAGGAGGACGCGUGACCCCGGAAGUGGACGGGAGGGUCAAUAAACACAGCUGUCACUCAA